AUGCACCGCCGCCUCGCCCCUUCCCUCUCGGCCAACUCGCGCGCCGACUCCUCCCCGAGCCCUCACGCGCCGCCACCCAAAAAUCCACCACCGGUCCUCGUCUCUGUUGAGCCACGGCCGCCGGACACCACAUCCGGCAAUCUCUUCUUCUCGCGACCUCCCGCAACCCAGUUGUCGGCCCUCACGCAAACGCCAAGAUGCCGUCGGCUCUCCCCUCCCGCGAGCAUCCGGACGUCGACGCCCUCUCCUCACGCCAGCACCCGAGACGAGCCCCAGCCGCCGGUCUCCUCCCUUCCUUGCACGCGAGCAGCACAGGCGACGACCUCUUCUCAUUGCCCUAGCGCCAGUAGCCCGAUCUACUGCCACCUCCGGCCGCGACGAGAGCUUGCCAGCAAGUACACCUUUAGUUUGGUUUCCUUCUUGCUGAUUUUGCUGGAUUUGUUGGUGGAUUGA